GACGAAAAUGGUAAAUUACAAAGUAAAUGGAUCCGGAAGAGAUACAUAUAUAAAUUAUGGAAAUGGUGGAUUUUAUAAAGCAGACUCAUUACAUACAGAUGAGUCCUUCUACCAAUUGUCAAAACAAAAUUCGUUGCCAAUAAUUAAUAGCAAAUUUAAUCUUUAUCACACAGAUGGGACUGGCCGAGAUUCAUACAUCAGGUAUAGCAAAUAUAUAAAAAUAAAGCGAAUCUCAAGGAGGUUUCUACAGUUAUCAGCCAAGGAUAAAUUUCUUAGGAAGAUUAAGGCACUAUGACCCAUCUCCUGAGGCAAUUAGAGAGAAUGAUUUUUUAAGAAGAAGUUAAUUGGUUAAACCAGCAAAAGAGUAGGAGCGUUAGCUUAGGUGACAUCAUUAAUCUAUUCUAGAUAGAGCACGAUAGUGGAAUAAGUAACUCAGAGAUUACAAUUACCGAAAAUCAAAAGGGAAUGACUUAUAAUAUAAUAUAAACAUUUUUAAAAUGUCAGAUAGCUCCUCUGAUGAAGAUUAUCGAAAGUUUAAUAGGAAGGCAAAGAAGUCUUCGGUGCGUACCAACGUUUAAGAUCCAGAAUCCAAUCGGUUUGCCUAAGAAUUCGCACAGAGAUUGUUGCGAGAGAGAGGAUGUACAUAGUGUGUAUGUAAAGGGAAGUUGACAUUACAGAGGAAGAGAUGGGAUUCAAGAAACAAAAUACUAAGCAAGUGAAGGCCACAACUUAUGUGCAUAGUAUUGACUCAGCGACAUUAAAGGAACUGCAAAAGGAAUUUAAUAAAUGCGAGAAUAUCGGUCAAAUUUGCACUAUCUUAAAAGCUUUAAGUAAUCACAAAGAAGCCACGCCUUAGUAAUAAUUACAGUAUAAGGUACAGAGAAGCGAUUUCUUGAUCAAAAAUAGAAUGUAUGAGGAAGCUAAGACAUAGUGUUUUGAAUUAUUAGAAAAGGAAUUAGCAACAUUGGAUAAAGUGAAAGUGUUGUUAUCAUUAUGCAAGGCAUAGUUAGAGACAAAUGAAACAUAUAAUGGAUGUAUGUAAGCAUUGAGAUUAAAAAGCUAUGCUGAAACAGUUAAAUUGAUGCCAUCAUUUAAUCUUGGCAUUUAUGAUCUCACCCCAGAGUAAAUUUACAAACAGAUAGAUGAAAUCUAUUAAAAUACUAUAUUUAAGAUUUAGAGAGAUAACAAAAAGGUGAUAUCUCUUUUAGGGGUUUAAGGUAAUAGUGCAACUGGAUGUUUGGGUUAAGGAGAUUUAACUCAAUGCAGUGAGUUAACUUAAUAUUAGAUAUUCAAAAACAGGAAAAUACUAUCAGUUGGAUGUGGAGAACAUCAUGUCUUAGUUUUAAUCAGUGGAUGUUCUUGUAUCAAUCCCUAUUAAGUCAGUUAAUGCAAAGGAGAGAAAUGUAAUAAUGGCAAUGAAGUGUUUGGUUGGGGAGAGAAUUUCUUAGGUCAAGUGACCAUGAACGAAUAAGAUGGAAAUUUCAUCAAUGUUCCUUAUAAUAUUAGUUAAUUAAGCAAUAAGAACAUUAUUGGAGUUUAAGCAUACAAAAGCACUUCGAUUGCAUGGGAUUCCGAAGGUCGCCUUUAUCAAUGGGGAGCUAAACACAUACUAAAAAUAGAUCCAAUUGCUGAUAUUCAAUAGAUAAUUUUGGGUGUCAAAUACGGAGCUAUUCUUGCUAAAAAGUCAUUGUUUAUCAUGGGAGAAUUAGAUGAAAACAUUAAAUAUCCUAAACUAACUAAAUUAGCUGAUAAUAUUGACUAAAUUGCAGGUGGAGACAAUCAUUUAUUAUCGCUUAAUUCUUAAGGUGAAGUGUGGGGUAUUGGAUAAAAUAAAUUUCAUCAAUUAGGAGAGAAUAGCCAUUAGCAAUAUUCGUAGGUCUAAGAGGAAGAGUGUUUUUAUAUUAAUGCAAAUGAGAAUGCCAGCAUUUUUGUUACUUCCGAUGGUGAAGUCUUGUAUUGUGGUUAAGUAAGCAAGGGAAAAGUUGUUGAUUACCCAAAAACAUUAUAAAUUGACGAAGAUAUUCAAAUCAUCUAAGCUUGUACAUAUGAAGGAGUCAUUUACGCUUUGAAUUUGCAAGGAAAGAUAUUUAGAUGGGAUAUUGACAAAGAACCAAAAUCUAAGUUGUACUUCUCUGCCCCUGUUAGACAACUCCACCUUUGCAGAGGAAUCAGGCUUUGUGAAUCAACCGUUUUGUAAGGAGAAUGGUGUAGAUUGGAAUUAGAAGAUGAGGAUCAAGAAGAAUUUGAAACCUUUUCAGAUAUUAAUCUCAUUAUCAAUCUAGGAGAUAAGUAUGGACCUUAUGGAAUUAAAUAAAAUCAUCCUAUCAGAUAUAAUAUUUUUGUUACUGAUGGUUCUGAUAUCACUCCUGAAUAGCUAUUACACAAAAAUCAAGUUGUUUCUAUGAGCAAAAUAUAGUCACAAUAAGAAAAUAAGAAUUAUCUUAAUUGCAUGAACGAUGGUUACAAAGCUGAAAUUAAGGAGAUUGAGGAGCCUUCUAAACAUAAGCUUGUUUUAUAAAUUAACAAACCAGGGAAUUAUUAAGUUUUUUUAUAUUUGAACGAACAGUUACUUAUUGAUUGCCCUUUGAAACUAAAUUUAGUGGCUGGCACUAGAUAAGAAGAGUUGAUGCAAGCAGAAGAAUUGAAGAAAUAACAAUAACAGGCAGAAUUACAAAGGAAACAAGCUUUGUUACUGAAAAAAUAAUAGGAAGAGGAAGAGAGAUAGAGAUUGUUAAAUGAAUAAUAAUAAGAGCUCUUGUAGAGAUAAUAAGAGACAAGUAAAAUUUUUAUUUUAUUAAUUUAGAGAAAAGAGCCGAUGAAAAAUUAUAAUAAUACCAAUUAAAAAUGUAAGAGGAAAAAAGAUUGAAAGAGGAAGAAAGACAAUUAAAGAAAGAUUUAUUAACAGGAGGUGGUUUUGAUUUAAAUAAGGUUAAAUAAUAAUAAUAAUAAUAAUAAUAAUAAUAAUAAUAAUAAUAAUAAUAAGAAUAAAAUUAAAUUAAUAAUCCAACUAAAAAAAUUAUUAAAUAAGCUAAUACUGCCCUCACAUAAAAAGUUAAACAAUAAAUGCAAAACUUACAAUAAGAAAGAUAAUAGUUAUAAUAAUUAAAUAAUCAAUAGUAAUAACCAAGACAAUAAAAUAAACCUUAAUCUUAACCUCCUAAAUUAAAUCCUGUAAAAGCCACUCCAAAAGUACUCCAAAGUAUUUAAUCUACUAAAACUACUGAAAAAGCAUUCUCCACUUAAGAAACAUUCAAAGAGCUUCACUAGACUGGAUAAUUUAGAAAAACAGAUAGUUAAUUACAGAAAAUAUAAUAGGAACUCCAAUAGGAAUUUUAAUAGUUGAAAAGAUAGGAAGCAAAUAAAUAUAAAAGAUGA